AUGACUUAUCUCUCUCAAGAGGCAGAGCGGCCAAAGCGUAUUGGCACAGUUCCUGGUCAUUUGGUGAUCAAUCGUGGGAGGGAAGAAGGUAAUUCUCGACUUUACCAUGACUAUUUUUCUAAUAACCCUACAUAUAGUGCAAACCUAUUCCGUAGAAGGUUCCGGAUGCACAGGAGUUUAUUCCUUCGUAUAGUCAAGGCGGUACGUGAGCAUGACAACUUCUUCGUACAGAAGAUGGAUGGUGUCGGCAAACUUGGGCUAUCAACUUUACAAAAAGUUACAUCGGCAUUUCGCAUGUUGGCGUAUGGAACAUCAGUAGAUAGUACUGACGAAUAUGUUAGGAUCGGUGAGUCAACUAUAAUUGUAUGUUUAAAUAGAUUUUACAGAGCAAUUGUAGAAGUAUAUGGAGAUGAAUAUCUGAGGACCCCCAAUGUCGAUGAUGUUGCAAGGUUAUUGCAAAAGGGCGAAGAAAGAGGUUUUCCAGGAAUGUUAGGAAGUCUAGACUGUAUGCAUUGGCAAUGGAAAAAUUGUCCAACAGCAUGGGCAGGACAAUACUCAGGUCGUCAUGGAGGUCCAACCAUUAUUUUUGAGGCAGUAUCAUCAUAUGAUCUAUGGAUAUGGCAUGCAUACUUUGGCUUACCAGGAUCCAAUAACGAUAUUAAUGUAUUACAGUCGUCUAUUUUGUUCGACAAUCUAUCACAAGGUAUUGCUCCUCCUGCUCAUUACACAAGUCUAGGAAAAAAUUAUGAUGUCGGUUAUUAUUUGGUCGAUGGCAUAUAUCCGAAAUGGCCAACACUUGUUCAAUGUCGGUUAUUAUUUGGUCGAUGGCAUAUAUCCGAAAUGGCCAACACUUGUUCAAACCAUUUCUAA